AGUGGAAGGCUGGACUGGGAUUCCAGUUCCAGAGUUGGAAUGCCAUCCACCCCAUUUCAGACCCAUUACAGAGGAACAGGUUCUGAAGAAUCAGGAAAAGCAAGAUAUAAAGGGAAAGUGGAGGAGAGAGGGCCACGGGGGAAGCUGGUGGAGGCAUGUGUGCCUGUGUUGGGCCGCCAUGCAGCAGCUGGAUGGCUGGAGGCACAGGGCAGUGAGCGAAGUUGAGUUAGAAACCGCCCUGGGCGGGACACCAAGGCUGUCCUAACGGUCCAGCCUCCAAGAGCCUGCUGUGGCACUCGCUCUGCAUGGCGCCUGUCUUGUGUUGGUUGGGGCAGAGGAGUGGCCAGGGGUGCAUAGGCCCACACCGCUCAUUCACUGAACAGGCAUUUAUUGACAGCUCUCUGUGUGCCAGGGCCUGUGUCCAGCCCUGGUAGUCUAGAGGUAACCCAGGAGACUUAGACACCUCUUCAAGAAAAUUAUCAGCUGCCCUGCCCAGGCCUGGGCUGCCCUCCAGUCAGCAGGCUGGACUUACUUUCCACGUGGCUGUGCCCUACACCCUCUCAAACCCCGUACUCCGCAGUCUGCACAGGCCAGGUGUCUGGAGAGCCAGGCCUGCUGACAGGCACCCCCAGGUAGGAGGAGGCGACUGUCCUGGCUCUGACCUGGACAUCAGAUCCGGAGCUGGGCAGGAGGCUGUGGGUCAGGAGGGGAGGGGUCCAGUUGUUUGGCUCAUCAGAGGCGUCCUGAGGUUUCCUAGGCGAGGCUGCCGACAAGGGGCUGCAGACAAUCGGCGCAUUGUCAGCAGGGGCUGCAGCAUGGAGCAGGAGAGCGGCUGCACGGAGAGCCCCGGGCCCGGGCCUGCGGGGGUGAAGACCAAGCCCUGCCAUGGAGGCUGGAGGGCCACUGGCCUGCUGCUGCUGUUGGCACUGGCCACUGCCGGGGCCGUGGCUGGGGGGCUCCUUGGCUUUGCUCAGGGCCCUCCUAAGCCAUUGCUGCAGAUGCUGCGACUGACCCUCGAAAGCCCCCAGGUACCCCGGUCCAACCAAACCAUCCUGGUGGACAUAGCCCGCAACUCGGCAACCAUUACAGUGACUCCACCUCAGAGCAACCGCAGCUGGGUGGUGCUGUUCGACGGGCAGAGCGGCUGCAUCUGUUACCGGGCUGAGGAGCACCAGGCCUGCUUCCUCCGCCUGAUGGAGGACCGGGAUCGGGAGACCCUGCAGCUGCUGGUGAACACCUCGAAGGCCCAAGGGUCCCGCAGCCCCAGCCAGGACACUCACUAUACCCAGGAGCUGCUGGCCGUGCGAGGGAGCCAUGAGGUGGACCCUGCCCAGGUGGGGGCUUUGGUGCAGCACCUCUGUGCAAAGACCCCCAUCUACUGGGCUCGUCGAGCAGAGGGGCCCCAGAGGCAGCGGUUGAUCUAUCUCUGCAUCGACAUCUGCUUCCCAAGCAACAUCUGCGUGUCAGUCUGCUUUUAUUACCUCCCAGACUAAGCCGCCUGGGCCAGCCCAGCCCGUCCCCAGUCUAGCGGGCCAGCUGGGUCACCAGCAGCAUGGAGGACAGCUGCCGGCAGGGACUAAUAAACCCUUACACCUGGC